AUGAGUGGCUUCGAAAUUUACGCGUCGCAGUCAGGUGAUCGCGCCGCUAGGGCCUCUUCUCUUCCGCCUCCUCCACACAAGUCUCGAUCAAUCGCUGCACUCUCCAUGCCAUUGCCUCUGGAUGAAACCUGGCUGGGAUCGGUGGCCAACGGUCAAGAGGGCGAGUCGGAGGCGCUCGAAAUCCACGACGACAGCUCUGCAACAAGUGCUCUACCGAAGCCGAAAGCUCCAGCUUCAGCAGAUUCACCCUUUGGAUCGUCGCAGAGGCCCAUCCUCAUUGAGGACGACUCGCCCCCGCCGAGCCCCGCCAUCCAAGGAAGCCCCGUCCCUGGCAUCGCCCAAACACCAGCCGUUCUUCCACCAUCCUCCCAGCUCGAAUCCGCACGUCUCAGCCCGCCUCGGCAGAAGCGGCGCCUCGCGCACACCAACGACUCCGCUCCCCCAAAGCGCUCCCGCACCCUCCCGCCGCUCUCCUCGCGCACGUUCCCCCGCGGCGCGAUCCUGCCCACGCACACGACGCACGGCUCGCCCCGUGCGGACGGGCGCGACGCCGUGCGCCUCGCGGACGUCCUCGGGCCGCCGGCGGAGCUGCAGCUCGCGAUCGUCGCGUCGUUCGGGUACGACCCGGCCUGGCUCGGCGCGCAUUUCGCGCGCGGGACGCCGGUGGUGGCCGUGUCGCCGGCGGGCCGGGAGGCGCGUGCGAGUGCGAAGGCCGGUGGUGGGCCGGUGGUAGAGAGGCUGCGGGCGCCGCUGGGGAGCUGGGUGCGGACGUGUCCGGAGGUCGGGUUCGGCGGGUGCUUCCAUAUGAAGUAUAUGGUGCUCGUGUACGAAUCGGGUCGUUUGCGUGUCGUCGUGAGCACCGCGAAUCUGCUGCCGAUUGAUUGGAGUGACCUUGAGAAUGCUGUGUUCAUCCAGGACGUUUUCCCUGUGUCUCCUGGGCGUUCUUCCACUUCCAAAGGGAACGGAUUCGCAACAAUUCUUCAGACUGUGCUGUUGAAGACCAAUGCUGGGGCCGGGUUAGAAUUCCUGAGCAAAUCGAUGGAUCUCCCGAUCAAGGAUGUUUCGGACAUCUCGACUAUGUGGGACUGGAAUCAGGUCAAAGCAGAGCUUGUUCCCAGCUUUAUCGGCAAAUGGCAAGACUGGAAGACAAUCAAAGAAAAUGGACAUCCUCGACUGAUGCAUGCCGUGCAGUCUCUAGGAUUGACGAUCCCCACGAAUGCCCAGCUCAAGCUUGAAUGCCAGGGCUCGAGCAUCGGCGUGUACACCACCCAGUGGUUCAACCAAUUCUACACCUCCGCGUGCGGGGACCCGAGCGCCCUCACAUCUCAUCUCGGCAUUCCUGAGCCGCAAAGGAAGAAGCUCGCCUAUCCAGCUGGCAUCAGCGUCGUGUUUCCGACCCAGCAGACGGUCAACGACGCCGAGAGGCGCGGUGCGACGUCCAUGUUCUGCACGCGCAAGAAAUGGAAAGCGAGGAAUUUCCCGAGGGAGGCUUUCGGGACUCGAGGAGCAGAGGCGGUCGCGUCCUUAUGCACACCAAGGCAAAUGAUUCUGGCUGAGAUCGGAUCGGAUGGCGUGCGGCCCAGCGCCAGCGGAUGGGUAUAUCUGGGCUCGCAUAAUUUCACCUCCGCGGCCUGGGGGAAUUUAUCGGGCACAUCGAACUUGCCUGUUCUCAACAUCAACAACUUUGAGCUCGGGGUCGUCAUUCCGAUGCAAACACAGCAAGAGCUCGAGGAGAUAUCUGCUUGGGAGCGCCCACCGAGGAAGUAUGGCCCGGGUGAUUUGCCAUGGUUCAAAGAAGGACUGAGCUUGUGAUUCAUUUAGCAAGCGAUUGAGAUCUAGAAGCCGUGGUUCAUGAAUCAUUUUUUUUGCACCCGCUGACGUCUGACUUCCUGAACCAACCCGUGGGCCGUAGUGCCCUCACAGACAAUCGACUAUGCAGACAGCACUGAUGGCGGUGCGCACCGCGUCCCGACUCGCGCCUCCC